UGCACAGGCGGCGUGGAGCCGCGCCCGCCGGCCCGUGGCUGUGAGGUGGAAAACGCGGUUCAUCGCCCCGCGGGGCUUUGAACUCGAAUCUGCCAGGAGCGCCCGGCCCCGGCCGCCUCGCCGGGCAGGUCCCGCCGGGAGGGCGGCACCUCCGCUCGGGCCCCGCUGGGUCUCGGCACCUCCGCGCCCGGGGGAGGCCCUGAGCCCACGGCAGCGGUUGGCGGGACAGCAGCACCACCUCGGCUCGCCUCCCUUCCUUUCUCCCCAGGUGGGGCUGUGCAGAGGGCGGCCCGCCUCCCCUGGCACUCGUCCCUCUGCAUCAACAUCGUGUCGGUUUUGCCCGCGGCAGCGUUUUGCCCUCGAUAACGUCGCAGCCGCCGUCGCACCGCCCGGGCUCCUGCGGGACGGGCGGCCGCUCGCCCUUCGCCGCCUCUUAACAGCUCUCAUCCGGCCGCCCGCGCCCCGUCCCCUCCUCGCCGUCCGGCGGAGGCGGCCCGGCCAGUCCUCCUCACAAUUUCCAGAUUGUUCCAGAGAAGAGCAUAAAAAGAAACCGGUUUUGGAAAGACUUGGAAAUUUGUUUGGUACAGGGAAAAGGAAAAAUGUCAAAAGUUCAUUAGAACAUACUUCGCAUUGGAAAGGAGAGAGGUCAGUUUCGCCUCACGCAGCACUACCCGUUUACUGUAAGCAUAUACAACAAGGACCUGAAUCUCCUCCAGUACAGAAGCAAGUGAGAAACACGAGUGUCGUUCCUGAGACGCAGGAAUAUAGUUUCAGUGGGGAAGUAGGACCUCUCUACCACGAUACCAUUUCAGAAUGGAGUGGUCGAGGAGUCUCCUCUGACAGUGAGUGGUCACCAGACUGGAGCAGCAGCAGUGAAACCAUUAAAAACUCUUUCUUUGAGAGUAGCUUAAAUGUGGACACCCGGGAACCAGAGAAGGGGUCUGUCACAGAUAUAAAUAAUUCCACAACUCCAGAUUUUAUAAAAAGCUUGAGGAAUUUGUCUAGCGAAGACUUAGAAAAGAGUAUCUUAAGCCAUAAGCAGCUGGUGAACACAUGGGUGUCUGAAGAACCUGGGCAUGCAAAGCCAAAGGAUUUGCCAUACAAGCUAGAAACUCUAGCAAGCGAACACCCACAGCCUGCGAGAGUGUUAACAGUUGAUAUCUAUCUUAGAAAAACAGACGAACUCCUUAAUGAACCCGUGACUGUUAUAUCGGAAGAAAGUUGUGGUGACUCAGACACAAUGGAUAAGAAAUCUAGUAAAAGAUCUGGAAAAAGGAGAAAAUCUCAGUCGUCUAGUGACAUUCCAAACGGAGAGAGAAACCAGACUGAGAAUCCCACAAGAGAAGAUUCUGUUUUUGAGGAUGAUGCAUCUUCUGAGGGGCUUCCAGACAAGGUAAUAACCUCAGAAAGAAAACUGAAGUCUCCUCAACAGACUCCUGAACGGAAUUCCUUUUCACCAGGUAAUAAUCCAGACCUAAAAGCUGGAUCUGCUCACAAAGGCGCGUCCAAGACUGAAGCUGACAAAGGUAAACAGCAGGUUUCAACCACGACUCCUGCAAGGAGAAGAUCGUAUAAAAAGAAUCAGUUGGAUACUGUUCCUACUUCCCCCACUGGUUUGAAGAGUCAGACAAAAGAUUACUCCUCAAAAAGGCAUCCUUUAGCAUCAACAGAGAGUAACUCAAUGACAAAAAGAACUUCACAGGAAAAAGGAACUCUAGCUGGGGCUUUUGGGGAAGACAGCUCGGAAUCUCCCAAAGUCUCAUUGGCCGAUAAGGCAGAAGGCAACACCUUGGUGUUUGCUGAAGGCAGAAAUGAAACCAAGACAGAAAAGCACGGUAAUGAUUCUGAUGGAAGAGCUUUCUUACGUACUGAUAAGAUUAAAAAUGGAGACCUGUGUAUGCCACCUGAGAGACAGACAAGUUCUGAUGUAGACAGCUUAAAGCUGAAGAGUUUGGAUUCUUCCAGAAUAGUCACAACAAAAAUUAGCCUUGCAAGGACUGCAAAGAAUCUGGACGUAUGUCUUCAGAACUUGUUGGAGAGUCCAGCCAAACCGAAGAACGUAGAGCUGAAUUUUAAAGCGUCUACAAAUCAAGACAGUUUAGAAAGUGAGCAGGAUACUCUUGAAAAACCAGUUAAUAAAAAUAACAGCAGCAUUGCCAACAAAAUUUCCUUGUUUGAAAAUAAAUGCGCCAAUCAGAGCCAGAGGCCUACUGACAUCUCUGCUUCAAAAAAUAAUACUGUACCAAGCACGUUUGUUGGUAGGGCAAAGCUGAUAUUUGGAAAACAACCUAAGGAAAGUGAACAGCCUGAUAAAACAUUAAAUAAGCAAAACAGUCGCCAGAAGUUAUUUGAGAAUGGCACAGCAGAGAAAGAUAGCACUGCAGAAUUGAAAGGCAAAAAUGAAGAAGGCUCUGCAUCUUACGAGGAUAUUGGGAAGGGAACAGAGCUUAAAGUAAAAGCUGCAAUAUCCCUUUUUAACCAAGGCAGCAAAAUUGAUGCUAGUGGUGCCUCUCUGAAGCAACCUGAUCCAGAAUUAAGUGCAGUUAAAAAGGAAAGUUCUCCUUUUAAACCGUCUUUGCACUCGCCUGUUAAAAGUGAAAGUGUUCAUGACAUUUCCUUCCAGCAAAAUAACACAAGCUCAGAACUCCCCAGAAAUGAAGACAAGGUACUGCCAGACACAGAGGUCUUAUCACCUUGCAAUGGUGAUAAAUAUCCUCUACAAUCUCAUCAGCUUUGUAGAUCAGAAUCUCAGAAGGUGGAAAAUGGAGAUAAAAAUGCAAAGCCAGGAGAUUUGACCUUUGCAGCACUGCAGUGUGAUGACAGCAGUCUCAAUGGUAUGUUGGUGUUGGAGCACAGCAGUAGUACUCCAGAGAGCCCAGGCAAAACUUGUAAUGGCUCUGCUGAAGAUGAUGCUAUUUUUGAUUCUCCGACUGACAUGAAGAAGUUUGCUGAAACAAUAAAAAACUUGGACAGCUCUGUUUGUUUACCACAGAAAAAGAAAAGGUCAAAGCUUCCCAAGUCUCCAGCACCCCACUUCGCAAUGCCUCCGAUUCACGAAGACAAUUUAGAGAAAGUAUUUGAUCCUAGUAUAUUUACCUUUGGUUUGGGACUGAGAAGGGAAAAAGCACAGGAUCUGUUACCAACCCAACAAAUGAAAAUGCAGAGUCUGGAAACGAUAGCCAGAGUCAGGCCCAAGCGUGCAUCAGCAGAGCAAAGUAUAAUAUUCAAAGCCCUUCAGUCAUGUAAUAGAGAGGAACCUGCCUUUACUCAGGAAAUGAAUGGAAAAGAGAACGCGGAUGGUACAGAUGGUGAAGUUAAGAGAUCCCGGCUGGAAAAAAGCUCACUCUUCUCAAGCUUGCUGUCAUCUACAUCUAAAGAAAAGUUUCUUAAUUCUUCUGUGACCUCAGUAAAUAACACAACUUUUACAGCUGACUCCUCGGGGAUACCUUCUUUACAACAGGAUGCUUCUGGGCCAUUCAGCCUGCCUCAAAAACCCGAGUCUCUUUCAGAUAUGAAGUUUCCAAGUUAUAUGGAGAAGUACAUACAAGCAGAUAGUGCAAAAAAAGAGCUAAGUUUACAAAUGCCUAACUAUGGGAACCCAGAAAAAAAUUUUUCCAGCUGGUUAGGGGCAAGCAGAUAUGAAUCAAAUGUCCCCACUGGUUUAUUAGAUGUAGAUACGCUUUCAAGAAAUGGACAAAGUAAAAUCAACCCCAGGCCUGGAAAGCUGGUGAUAUACUGUGAAUCAGACAAUCAAGAGAAUAUUAUUGAAGUUUUCCAUGAUGUUCUGGAUUGCAGUUCUUGGGUUCUGUCACCAACAAUCUUAGUUAAAGUUAUCAGAGGAUGCUGGAUACUCUAUGAAAAACCAAAUUUUGAAGGUCCCUCUAUUCCUCUGGAAGAAGGAGAACUGGAACUCCCAGAUAUUUGGGGUACGGGUGAAGAGCAAAAUGAAUGUGGAUCGCUAAAGCCUGCAGUGAUUGGUUCAAUAAAACAUGUUGUUAAGGAUUACAGGGUCAGUCGAAUUGAUUUGUAUACAGAACCGGAAGGGCUAGGAAUCGUGACUUCCUUUUUUGACGACACAGAGGAAACAGGGGUGUUUGGCAGCACUCAGAAGACUUGUUCUAUCAAAGUACACUGGGGCAUAUGGCUAAUUUAUGAAGAACCUGGUUUCCAGGGAGUCCCUUUAAUGUUGGAGCCUGGUGAAUAUCCCAAUUUAGCUUUCUGGGAGAAGAAGGAAGCCUACAUUAGGUCUAUGAGGCCCUUGAAAAUGGGUGGCCGCAAAGUUGAAUGUGCUGGAGACCCAAAGGUGGUCAUUUAUGAGAAGCCUUUCUUUGAAGGGAGACAUGUGGAAGUAGAAUCAGAGAUCUUUACACUCAAUGACAAGGAAUCAGACGAAAAGACAAGUCUUUCACUUACAUCAGUGGGAUCCAUCAAAGUACUGGGAGGAGUUUGGGUCGCAUAUGAAAAGCCUGGGUUUGAAGGCCAUCAGUAUUUACUGGAAGAAGGAGAAUAUCGGGACUGGACAGACUGGGGUGGCUACGAUGAAGAGCUGCAGUCACUGCGACCUGUUGUUGGUGACUUCACAAGCUCGCAUAUGAUAAUGUACAGUGAAAAAGACUUCGGAUCAAAAGGUUCCAACAUUAAUGUGUUAGGAAUUGUUUCCAAUUUGAAAGACACUGGAUAUGGGCUGAGAACGCAAUCUAUAAAUGUGCUAAGUGGCGUGUGGGUGGCUUAUGAGAAUCCUGAAUUUACAGGGGAGCAGUACAUACUGGAUAAAGGGCUAUAUCCCAGCAUUGAGGCAUGGGGGGGGAAGAAUUGCAAAAUAUCUUCAGUUCAACCCAUUGUUAUGGAUAUUGUUGGAAGUGAAAGGGGUAGAGUCAAGGUCCAGUUAUUUUCAGAGCCUGAAUUCAAGGGUAACUGUCAAAUACUUGAAAAAAACACAAGAUGUAUUGAUUCAUUUACUGUGAAGUCUUCAAAAAUUUUAGGUGGCAGCUGCAUAGUGUUUGACCAGGAAGAAUUCUCUGGUAACCAGUAUGUGUUAGAAGAGGGAAUCUAUCCAGAUCUGAUGGCAAUGGGGUGUUCAUCCCAAGCAGUUUUAAAAUCUUUACGGAUUAUAAAUAUAGAGCUGUCUGAGCCAUGUAUAGCUCUUUUUGAAAAGGUGGGUUUCCAAGGAAAAAAAAUUGAAUUCACUACAGAAAUCUUAAAUCUCCGGUUCCUGGGAUACAAUCCUCGAAUAGCUUCAGUUCAAGUCCUUGGCGGCACAUGGAUAAUUUAUGAGCAUAGUAAUUACAGGGGACGUCAGAUGUUGCUAUCACCAAAUGAAAUUCCAGAUUGGUACAAACUGAGUGGCUGCUGUCAGAUAGGUUCUCUGAGACCUUUACUGCAGAAACGUGUGUACUUCAGGCUUCGGAACAAGGAAACAGGAAAGUUCAUGUCAACUGAUGGAAACUUGGACAAUUUGAGUCUUCUCAGAAUACAGGCUGCUGAAGAUGUAGACUCAGAUGAUCAAAUCUGGGUUUAUCAGGAUGGAUUCAUAAGGUACCAGAUGGCAGAGGAUUGCUGCUUGACAAUUGUUGGAAAUCUUAUAACUCCUGGCUCUAAACUUGGUCUGUCAUUUGAGCGGAAUGAAGACAAACAGUAUUGGCAUAUUAGUCCCGAUGGCAGGAUUUACAGCAAGAUGAAACCUAAGCUGGUUUUAGAUAUCAAAGGGGGCACACAAUACGAUCGUGAUCAUGUUGUUGUCAACACGGUUAGCGAAGAAAAGUUAACACAGUGCUGGGAACCGCUGGUUGUAUAAUUCGAAAGGAGAAAGGUGAUGUCCAAAUCGGGUGCUGUUCUGGACACUAGAAUUGGCACUGCCAGCUUUGAAGGAUGCAAGAUGGACAUCAAGAGUUCUGUCUUUUCAGCUUUACAAAGAACAAGCAACAGAAUGAUUUCAUAUCUCUCUACCGAACAUAAUUAUCCCUAUAAAAGCCUGGGUAUCUCUCAACCUUUUUUUAAUCAUCACAAC